AUGGCGAAAAGGAGCCUUGGAAUGGUCUUAACAAAACAUUUAGAAACAAAAGAAGGAAAAGAUUCUAUUGAGACAACUCUGAAUUUGAUUGAGUUUCCCUUACUUGACCAAAGAAGUUCCAAUUCUGUUAUUUCAACUACACCAAAUGAUCUUUCGAAUUGGUCAAGACUCUCUAGUUUAUGGCCCCUUCUAUACGGUACCAGUUGUUGUUUCAUUGAAUUUGCUUCAUUAAUAGGCUCACGAUUCGACUUUGAUUGUUAUGGAUUGGUACCAAGAUCAAGUCUUAGGCAAGUAGGACUAAUUUUAACAGUCGGUACGGUAACAAUGAAAAUGGCUCCCUCUUUAGUGAGAUUAUACAAGCAAAUGCCAGAACCAAAAUAUGUCAUUGCUAUGGGAGCAUGUACUAUUACAAGGGGAAUGUUUAGUACGGAUUCCUAUAGUACUGUCCGGGGAGUUGAUAAGUUAAUUCCUAUGCAUGUCUACUUGCCGGGCUGCACACCUAAACUGGAGGCAGUUAUAGAUGCCCUAACAAAACUUCGUAAGAAGAUCCUACAAAUGAGUGAAUUAGGAGGGGGGCUCUUUUGUGUAGAAAAAUAA